GUGCAGCUGAUCAAGAACAAGGCUUCUGGCAAACUUUUCGCGAUGAAGCGUGUGCAGCAGAACAAGCACACGUCCGCCGAGCUGGCCGUUUUCAAGGUUCUCGACAAUCCAUACAUCGUCCGCCUCUACAACAUUCUCCAGGACGAUGAGGAGGCGGACGAAGUGCUGUUUUUUGUUAUGGACUAUUGCGCCGGCGGGGAUCUGAUGAUGUGGAUGAAGCUGCGGGAGCAGCGCUUGGUCGGCGGUGGCCCAAAGACGUAUAGGCCACCUGAGACCUGGCUGGCAGCUGGAAUCUUGUGGCAGAUGUUG